AUGCCGGCAAGAUUUGUAAUUUUGACGGAGCAUCAGCCCAUACUCUCUGAGAAGCUGCGGUCUUAUAACAUGGCAGAUGCCAAGGGUCGCAAGACUCUGGUUCAGAGCUUGCGCCAGAAGCUGAAGACACAGUUUAUCGACGCAUCAAAUUAUGACGACAUCAUUGUGGAAACUAAAAUCCGAGAGUGGCUCAAUAACCACGCCCGCCAUGCGCAGGAGAAAGCGACGAAAAAGCGUAUGCAUGUUUCUGGCAAGCCAAAUGCCUUCAAGGUGUGGGAUGUGCUGGAGAGGGACAAGGUGACUGAGGCCGCGCGAGCACUCGCAGCAGAAAAGGGUUGCAAUGUCUCCAAGGUGUGGAGAGUCGCACGGAGUGCCGAAUGGGCAAAACUGUCCGAGGAGGAGCAGAAGGUGUAUGAGGAAAAGGCGGAGAGUUGGCGCAAUGGCACUCUGGAUGAUAAGACGAAAAUGAAGCUGAGGGAGCAGCGAAUGAUGCAAUAUCUGAAGAAGUUUGCCAAGACUAUGUGGGACACCAUGGGCAUUCGCAUGGCAUUCAUGCUAGCAUAUCCGAAGGAAGCGGGGAGUCUGAAGGUAGAGAUGGUGGAGGUCAACCACGCCAUCACCAAUGGAACUCCAUUCGGGGCCUAUCCUGGGUGGCUGCGUGCUUACCAGCCUCUAGCAAAGGUGUUCUCUGAGUGGGCCAAAGGCGAAUACGGUGUGACUGAGACUAUGGUGAUGGUGAAGAAGACACCUGCCGAUUGCAUGCGGGCCAUGGACAAGAUUUGGUUGAGGGCCAAUGGUUUUCCUCUGCUCCCGUCAGUGCCCGAAGGUAUGGCGGAAGCGCCUCUCAAGGUGAUGAAGGUACAAGUUCGAGACUUCAUGAAUCAUCACUACGCAUUGGCAAAGGGUGUUCGGAACUGCAAGUCGCCAUGGACGAAGCUGAACAGCAUAGACGACAUCAAUGAGGUUAUUCCAGCAGAGAUGCUAUCUGAGAACUUCCAGUGGAUCGAUCCCUCAAAGAUGACAAGUGUUCCCGUUCGUGCCCUCCUCGACCACUGGCGGGCACGCCAAGAGGAACAUGGACCUGAGCAGACCAUGCGAUUCACCCAGUACUUCGACAAGGAUGGCGAAGCUGCUCCUGCCAAGUAUGAUCCUCUUCCACCACUUGAUGGAUCAGCACAGGCAUUAGAAGAAGGAUCUGAACAUGAGGUCCAAGAAGCACUCACACCCAAGAAGGCGGGGAAGGCGAAGAAGAAGGGUAAACCUGUGCGCAAGGUCACGGGAAAGGCAGCAUCGAAGGCGACAAAGGGCAAAGCGGCCCCUGGCGGAGCCAAAGGCAGUGGGCAUAAAUGCAAGAUGAAAGAUGCAUACGACUCGGAAGACGAUGCCAGAAGCAGCUAA